CUUUCCUGCACACGGUGGCCAUGUUUGGCCCGAUAGUUGGGUUCAUGCUCAGCUCAGUAUUCGCCAAGCUUUACGUGGAUAUCGGAUUUGUGGACCUGGACACAGUGACCAUCACUCCCCAGGACACCCGCUGGGUGGGCGCCUGGUGGCUGGGGUUCCUGUUGGCCGGGGUCAUCUCUCUGAUCGCAGGGAUUCCUUUCUGCUUCCUGCCCAGGAGCAUCAGGACAACAGAGGAGAAGCCCGCCCCCGAGGGACAGAAGCUGAAAGACACUGAGACAUUACAGGCUGAGCCACACAAGAAAGCAACCAUCAAAGGCUUCUUCCUCUCCCUGAAGUCUCUGGCCUGUAAUAACCUCUUCGUCAUGCUCAUGGCCAUCACCCUCCUGCAGACAAACAGCUUCCUGGGCUUUAUAACCUACAAACCCAAGUACAUGGAGCAUCAGUAUAGCCAGACCAUCUCCAAGUCCAACUUCAUCACUGGGGCUUCCACCCUGCCGGCGGUGGCUCUGGGGAUUUUGCUGGGCGGUCUGCUGAUGAAGAGGUACAGGUUUGGUUUGCUGUCGGCCUCUAAGAUGGUUUUAGCCUCCUCUUUGGUGGCCUUCAUCAUGUCUCUGUCUGUCUUUGUGCUUGGCUGUGAGAACAGAGACAUAGCCGGGAUCACAGUGUCUUAUAAUGGGAGCAAACUGGACACAUUCCGAGAGCACAGCCUCUUCUCCCCCUGUAACGCCGACUGUAGGUGCCCCCCCCAACAAUGGGACCCCGUGUGCGGAGAGAAUAAUAUCACCUACCUGUCCGCAUGUCUGGCCGGGUGCAAAUCAUCCACAGGAUCGGGGAGGAGCAUAGCCUAUCAGAACUGCUCCUGUGUGGCCUCCAUGGGUCUCCCUACAGUGAAUUCCUCUGUGGUACUCGGCUCGUGUCCUCCCAGCGACAAUUGCUCCAGAAUGUUUCUCAUUUACGUCAUCUCCCAAAUCUUCACCAGUUUUAUAUUUGCCAUUGGUGGAUCGGCCGCCACCGUCAUCGUCAUCUGGAGCGUCUCCCCGGAGCUGAAAUCUUUGGCUGUUGGGGUCCAAAUGUUACUGAUCAGAACAUUAGCUGGAAUCCCGGCUCCCAUUUAUUUUGGGGCGCUCAUCGACAGGACCUGCCUAAUGUGGGGGACAAAAAUCUGCGGGGGGAAAGGAGCCUGUCGUCUGUAUGACACCCAUUCCUUCAGGAGCACCUUCCUGGGCCUCACCGCUGGGAUCCGGGCUCCGUCCUUCAUCUUAUUUUUCUGCUUUAUAUUUAUGGUGAAGAAAAAGUUUUCUGUAAAAAAAGAGAAAGAGCAAGAAAGAAAGGAAAGGGCGACCGACGGAGGAAACGGGGGGCAGGACGCCCCAGAAAUAGAGAAACAGACUUUUAUUUAGUGUCCAGCGAGAGGCGCCCCGGAACCUGUAAUAUUAAUAUUAUGAUAUGGAUUAUAGGUUGUCUUAUAUCUGUUGGUCACAUGACAAUA